AUGGUAGAUUCAAUGCAGCGUCUAUGCUGUGGAGGAAGGAAAUUCACCCUAAACUUGCGGCUCAAAACUGGAAAUUUAUUCGUGGUGCUUGUGCCACUUUGGAUAUCAUUCAAUCUAGCUCGUGCGUGGUCUUGGAUUUCUGGUAUCUUUGGUAUGUCAGCAAAUUUCGACAUUGUGGCUUCUUUCAAGGCAGCGAAGGGAAGAAGUGCAAUUGUCCGUGACUUGUGGCUGGUGGCGAACUUAGUAAUCAGGUCAGAACUUUGGGCUAUGCGCAACAAAUGCAUCUUUGAGAAACAGAAACCGAGCUGGAGUCUAUUUUCUAAAAAAGUGCUGAAGCUAAUUCAAGAAUAUUCAGUCCGUCUAAAAGGGUUUAUGCGCAACAGUGUGGAAGAUAUGAUGCUGUUGGAUUACUUCCGUGUGGUUCAUAGAAGUGUUAGUCACCAGCAGCCUAUUGAAGUGUUAUGGAAGCCUCCGGAUCUUAAUGAGAUUCUAAUUUGUUGUGAUGGAGCAGCGCGUGGGAAUCCAGGCAUUGCGGGAGCAGGAGUGGUGGCAAGAGACUCUAGCUGUGCAGUUCUUGGUGCUUUGAGUAUUGGUCUUGGAGUUACUACAAACUAUUUGGCGGAACUAUAUGCAAUUAUAAUUGGUAUGGAAUGGGCAAUGCAAUGGAAUUAUGAUCGUAUUUGUGUGCAAUCUGAUUCCUAUGGAGUAGUUCAAGCUUUACAAAGCUCUUCUAUUCCUUGGUUUGCAAGAACAAGAUGGGAGAGGUUGUGCAAUCAUUAUAUUUCUAUAAGGAUUAUUCAUACUUUCAGAGAGGCGAAUUUUUCAGCAGAUAAGAUGGCUAAGAAUGGUUGUUAUCUAGAUAAUGAAGAAGGAAUUCAGUAUGAAGGAAGACCUGAUUUUUUAAUUUCUGUUGAAAAACCUAAUGUUUCCUAUUAUCGUUUCAAGUAG